AUGUCGCCCUCAUCUACGUCGCCUGCCCCGGCGGCCUUCUCCCUGUUCCCCAACCCGAACACCUCUAAGCCUCCGCCGGUUGUGAGCAACCAGAUGGCCCUCGGGCGUCGCUCCGAGUCUCGCGAGCGCAGAACAAUCACGCCACAGGGCAUGCGUGCCCAGACACCCGAAGCCGCAUACUCUUCUGCCCCGCCUCGCCAGGCCCGUCUGACCCCGCCGCGGACCACUCAAUAUCGUGACAGUAUACAGCCAGAUAUCCCCAUCGGAGUCCAGAGGCCACAUCAGCACGAGCUCGAGCACGAGAAUGAACAGGAGCAACCCCAGCCACAGCCACAGCAGCCGUACCCCCCUCGUGCUGCCAGUCCAGUCUUGGCGGCGCAGCAGCCGUCGGUCCGCGACUCGAUUGCUAAGCUGCCGCUCGACGACGACGGCAGGCCAGUUCUACCUCUGCAGCAGCCGGGCCGGCAGCAAGUCCCACAGGAACUACCUCUCCGGUCUAUAUUCCCGACGUACAAUCCCGGCCUCCCACUGGACCAGCAAGACUACGCUCCGACACAGAAGAGCCCUACACGGGUCCCCCGAGCCAUCAUAAGCCGACAGUCGUAUCACCAGAGCGGUGAGCAGCAGCAGGACGCGAUGCAGGCCAACAGCCCGACGCGGAGUCCGAUGGUGGUGGACGACAGCGGGCACCGGUGGGCGCGGCCGCGGCCGCAGGAGCCCCCGGCGGAGCCCAAGGUGUCGUCGACGGAGCAGCUCAGAGGUUUCUGGAAGGUGGCCAACGGGUGGAAGGCGUCGGCAUCCGAGGGUCGAGUGUACUGCAUGAAGAUGGCUCAGGACAGAGACGCGCCCGUGUACACCAUGUUCUCAGCCUCCCGGCAGCCCAUGUACAACAUCCGGCUGGACCCGACGUCGGCGUCGGCGCGCAUCACGGUGAUGCGUCAUGACCCUAACAAGCCUUACAAGGAGGCGACGACGACGACCAGCGAGGGCCCAUCGUCACCAUCGGCGUCCUCGUCGUCCUCGCCGCUGCCUAGCAGCUCGGCAGGUGGCGGCAACGGUGGUGGCCCCAGCAUAUCGACCAAGGGCAAGAACUGGAUCGAGGCGCUGUGCGCGACGACAGAGGAGGAAUCCCGCAAGCACCAGCCGCAGGAUGGGCUGGUGGCGCUUCUGAUGCCCACGUCGGCGGCCCGCAUGGCCGUGGAGAGGGCCAACGACCCGGCCGCCCUGGCCAUGGCCGAGAACGAGUGCGCCCGCCUAGUGUGGGACGACGACAGCAACAACUACUUCCUCGUGCACCCGGCCCUGGCCACGCCGUUCUGCAUAACGGUGGACCGGGCGCCCGCCUGGUCCCGCGUCGAGUACACGCUCGAGCACCACGAGUCGCCGCGACACCUGGCUAAGCUGACGCGCGACUUCACCGGCGGCGGGUGGCUGGAGAUCGACACGGGGCUGGCCUCGAAGAUUGAGUCCUUCUUCAUCGUCGACGUGGCCGUGACGGCGCUGACCCUCGUCGCCCGGGACGACGAGAAGAACCUCCCGGUCGGCGGCGCUGAGACCUUUGAACCGCCGCCCCUGGCCGUCCCCCCGCCCGUGGCCGGUGCAGGCGCCGGCGCCACGGGCCACCGCAGCAGCUCGUCCCUGUCCAGGCUAGUGGGUGCCGCCACCGGUGGCAUCGCCAAGAACGGCAGCAGCAGCAGCAGAAACGGUAACAACAAGAAGUCGAGGAUGGAGACGUUUGAGAUCGACGUCGAGAGCCAAGACGACAGCUUCGCGAAGAAGCCGAGGGUCAAGGUGAAGGAGGGCAUCGACCGCCUCCCUUUCAUACUCAGGAUCCCCGCCAAGAUCGUCAAGGGCCUCUUCAAGUGCACAGACACGACGUGA